AUGGCUCUUCCACGUGUAUACUUCGACUUGUCUGCUGGCGGAAAGCCUGUCGGUCGUGUCGUCAUGGAACUCCGUUCCGACGUCGUCCCCCGCACUGCUGAGAACUUCCGUGCCUUGUGCACCGGCGAGAAAGGUUUUGGAUUUGCCGGUUCCAGCUUCCACCGAGUUAUCCCUCAAUUUAUGUGUCAAGGUGGUGACUUUACAAACCACAAUGGCACUGGUGGCAAAUCCAUCUAUGGAGAAAAGUUCGCUGACGAAAACUUCCAAUUGAAACACACCAAGCCUGGUAUCUUAUCCAUGGCAAAUGCUGGUCCAAACACCAACGGUUCUCAAUUCUUCAUCUGUACGGCCAAGACUGCUUGGCUCGAUGGAAAGCACGUCGUUUUCGGAGAAGUCGUUGAAGGCAUGGAUGUCAUUCAAAAGGUUGAAAGCUUCGGCUCUCAAUCAGGAAAGACCUCCGCCAAGAUCGUCGUAGACAAGUGCGGACAGUUGUAA